CACUCAAAUUCGUGCUAUAUAAGUGUGUGGCAACUUCAAAGAAACUACAUCAUCAUCCCCUACUAUAUAAAUAUUCAAGGCUAGCUACUUGAAAACUUCCAUUAGGCUCUUUACAGUAGUACAUUUCUCUUAGCCAUAGCACAUGGAGACUAGUCCUGCUUGUAAACCUACUAUUUCUGCAGGGUCAUCUUCCAAGAGCAAGGAGAAGAAGGGUGGUGUGAAGAAAACAACCAAAAGGGAAGUGAAGCUUUCCACUGACCCACAAAGCGUGGCGGCUAGAGAGAGAAGGCACAGAAUAAGUGACAGGUUCAAGGUCCUGCAGAGCAUGGUCCCUGGAGGGAGCAAGAUGGACACAGUUUCCAUGUUGGAGGAAGCCAUUCACUAUGUCAAGUUCCUCAAGACUCAGAUUUGGCUUCUUCACCAAACCAUGAUUAACUUUGUAGAUGAUCAUGUCUCAUCAUCACCCGCCAUAAUGUCCUUUCCUGGGUGGGAGCAUUUUCCAAAUGAACACAACAUUUCCCUUCAGCAAAAUCCUUCACUUUCAGUAGAUUUGGAUUCUAUGCAGAGUUUGCCACAGCUACCCCUUGAUCAGUUCUUCUUCCAAGGUGAAGAAGAUGCCACUAUGAAAUAUUCGCCAGCUUAUAAUUAGUGUCUUUUUGCUCUCUGUGCUAACAUAGCUGGUAACAUAAAUUAGCUUUGAACUUGUAAUGGGUUAGCUAAUAUGUCUUAUGUGAGUAAUUGUGUGAUAUUAAUGUAGCAAAAGCUUAAUCAGUGUAGAACCUUCAUGCAAUUGUAAAAUAUUUGUGUCUUUUUCUAUCACAAGCACUACCUUAUUCUUAAUCAGUAGCUUGAUGAAAUGUGGU